AUGAGAGAAAAACACGGAAUGUUCAUUACAGUGCAAAAUUACGCGAACGUUUCACCUGGCUUCAAUGUUGUCAUAGGAGGAAUUGUGGUUUGCGAAGUUGUUAUAGCUUCAGUUGUAUCUGCAGUUGUAGUUGAAGCUGAGGCUGUAGCUUCAGUUGUAGUUGUAGCUGCUGUUGUAGUUAAAUCUGCAGUUUCGGCAUUGGUUGUAGCUGCGGCUGUUGCUGUAGUUGACGUAGAUUCUGUCGAAGCUGUAGCACCCUGCGUGGAUAGCGAGGAAGGUGUUGCUACCGUGGAAGUAGAAUCUGUAGGAUUAGUUGUACCACUGGUUUCUGUUGAUAUCACGGUAGUGGUUCUCUCCCCCGACGUUGUUUGUGUAGAAGGUGCUGUUUCUGAUUUUGAGCAAAAAGAGGUUUUGAGGAUUUUCACACAUCUAUUUGCCAUGCUCCAUACUCCUGGAAGAGGAGUUGUCCUACCUGUAACCUCCAACAAAACUGACACUAGCUCUAGGCAUACGUAUGCUCACCUGUACAUUCUUCACCAAGUCAUCGAUGCCACUUUUGAAGGAUUGGAGGGCCUCAUCAAUCGUCUGACUGGCGUUCUUCUCUGCAGCUGGAGCAUCUCUACGGACAAUUACAGCCUCGCUGAAGAACACUAUUUUUCUUCAUCUGAUGCUCUAAAAGCUCAAGAUUUAGUAGCAAAUGAACCUAAUGAGGAAUAUGUCAUUUCUAGUACAGAGGGAUCAAAAUCAUUUGGAGCAAGAAGAUAUCAAUGCUUCAGAAGUACCAUGGGCAGAUACUUUACGAGGAUUGAAAGGAUUGACGAAGAAGAGCCGCAUACUAGUACAGAAUUGUCGGAGCCAAAUAUAGUACCUCUGGAGCCACCAAUUCAAGUAACGCCUCCGAAACGUCCGUCCGGAUAUACGCUGCGGCUUUCCUGA